AUGGAUCCCCCGGGAGGAAUGGUAUUUCUCUAAAUUAAAAGACUUGCGAUUUGUGCAGACCCUCUGCUGCCCCCAGGGCCCCUCACUCACCUGGGCAGGCUAGAGAGCUCCGAGAAUCAGAGACAAGACGAAACAGACUUUCCGAGCCCCUUGUCCUGCUGGAACAGGUCACCCCCAGAGCCAUCAGCCCUCCUUCGAGGCCAGGUGAGAAGAUGUCUACAGAUGCAGUCAGAACAGACCGUGAGGAUUCUACAUGCCAAAGUGGCCCAGAAGUCCUAUGGGAGCGAGAAGAGGUUCUUCUGUCCGCCGCCCUGCGUGUAUCUCACGGGCCCAGGCUGGAGGCUGAAGCCGGAACAGGGGCAAGCAAACGAGACUGGGGAGGCUGGAUGCACGGUCUGCGGUUACAUGGGGUUGGACGGCGGUUCCGCGGAGGCGCAAAAGCUGAGCUUUGAGAAGCAACCGGACUCUAGAGAAUUCGCCUGCGCCAAAGCUCUCUUUAUCUCGGACUCGGACAAGAGAAAGCACUUCCGGUUGGUGUUAAGGCUGGUGUUGCAAGGAGGCCAAGAGCUAGGUACCUUCCACAGUCGCCUCAUCAAGGUCAUCUCCAAGCCAUCUCAGAAGAAGCAGUCCCUGAAGAACACAGACCUAUGCAUCUCCUCCGGGUCCAAGGUGUCUCUCUUCAACCGUCUUCGAUCCCAGACUGUCUCUACCCGGUACCUGUCUGUGGAGGGCGGUGCAUUCAUCGCCAGUGCCCGACAAUGGGCAGCCUUCACCCUGCAUCUGGCUGAUAAUCAUCGUCCCCGGGGAGAAUUCCCUCUCCAAGAGGGCUAUGUUCGCUAUGGUUCUCUAGUACAGCUGGUCUGCACAGUCACAGGCAUCACCCUGCCCCCCAUGAUCAUCCGCAAAGUGGCCAAACAGUGUGCACUCCUGGAUGUAGAUGAACCAAUCUCCCAGUUGCACAAAUGUGCUUUCCAGUUCCCAGGCGGGAGUCCAGGGGGUGGUACCUACUUGUGCCUUGCCAUGGAAAAGAUUGUGCAAUUCCAGGCUUCACCCUGUCCCAAGGAAGCAAACAGGGCACUGCUGAAUGACAGCUCAUGUUGGACCAUCAUUGGCACUGAGUCAGUGGAGUUCUCCUUCAGCACCAACCUUGCCUGCCCCCGGGAGCCUGUCACCCCAGUGCCCCUCAUCAGUACCUUAGAGCUUAGUGGUGGGGGUGACGUAGCAACCUUGGAGCUGCUGGGUGAGAAUUUCCACUCAGGACUCAAGGUGUGGUUUGGUGACGUGGAGGCUGAGACCAUGUACAGGAGUCCCCGGUCCCUGGUAUGUGUGGUACCCGAUGUGGCGGCUUUUGGUAGUGCCUGGCGGUGGCUGCGCACCCCCAUUACGGUGCCAGUGAGCCUGGUUCGUGCAGAUGGACUGUUGUACUCCAGCGCCUUCUCCUUCACCUUUACUCCAGAGCAGAGCGGCCGGCCAGUCCCCUCAGGAGCCCCUGAGCCACCUCCUGAUGCAGACGCCCUCUUGGAAAGCAUCCACCAUGAGUUUACUCGAACCAAUUUCCACCUCUUCAUCCAGAGCUAGGGGAGGGGUGGGGGCAGGAAGCAGUUGGGCUGCAGUAAGGGAAUGUUACUGUUGGUCAUGGGGUGACCUUCUUUAGCCCAUAAACCACAUCCCAAGAACCAGCCUAUGCUCCAGGCUUCAGUGAGGUCCAGGGCUUCCUAUGGAUCAUCAGAUUUACAGUGAGGAGAUUUGAAAGGUCCUCUUAGUACAACCCCUUCACUUGGACAUGGAGAAAACUGAGGGCCAGAGAAAGGAAGUAGCUUGCCGAAGAACACACAAGUAAUAAUAGCAAACCCAGGCCUUCUGACUCCGUAUACAAUGCUCUUUUCAUGCUAUCACUUUGUGUUGAUACCACAGGAGUGUGCAACACCUUUCAUUAGGGUGUGCCCACAGGGAACAUUUUUUAAAGAUGAACAUUAAUUGAAUAUGCAACAAUAAAGGACAUUAUUUUUAUUUAUCAAAACUUAAUUUAUAUUUUAAAUAGCAACUAAACUUCACUUUAAGAGUUUUUAAAAAAUUUAAUGAGACACAGACUGCCAAUCAUUUUGGGAGGACAUUCAGGCGUGCCUGAGCAAAGCUAUUGUACCCUCUAUUAAUUCAUCUCAAUCAAUCAGUCCACAAGCAUUUAUGAAGCACCUACUGUAUGACCACGUGACUGGUCUGCUGGACACUCACAUUCACACACUCUGCUGGAUACUUCCUUUCCUCAUAUAAAAGCUCCAGCUAGAGAUGGAAAUGUUGCAGGCAUGGAACCCUUCAAACAUCCACUCACUGUCUCCAACACGCACAGACUCUACUUUAACGUGGUGCAGGGAGAAGAGCCAUGCCUGGAGCUGGGAGGCCUGAGUACAAAUCCCAGCUUUGUUUCUUAAUAACCUUGUAACUUUGAUCUUCCACUUCCCCCUUCUGGGCCUCAGUUUCCUCAUUUGUCAAAGGGGGACUAGCUAACCCCUGAGGGCCCUUCUAGCUCUAAAUUCUGUCAUCACCAGGACAGUGUGGGGUAGAAGAAAGAGUUCUGGGCUUGGAACUAGAAGUAUGUUCAGAUCCCCAUUGGAGUGAUUUGGGGCAAGUCACAUCCCUUUUACAAACUCCAGCUUCCUGUAAAAUGAGGCUAGCAAUACUUGAAACAUCUAUGUCAUAGGUAGGCAGUGAU